AUGGUCGCUCAAGCACUGCAGGGCAUUCUUCGCUUCGGCCGCAGCUUGAUUGCAGAAUGGAUCGUCUAUGCCUUGGUCUACCACUCGAUUGGCGCAAUCGUCACGUUCUUUCUCUUUGUGCCUGUCGACUUGAUAGGUGCACUGGUUUCCAAUAAUUAUGAGCACGGACGUUUCCUCCGCUUCCACGUUUUUUUCUUCUCCUUUCCUACUGGCAACUACACAUGGGAAGCAUUCCCACUCGGCACCUGGAUUCUUCUUGCAGGAUUAUGGACACUUACAGUGCGCCCUUCGUUGGCUCUUGCUGGAUGGGUUGUCAACAAGCGUCUUCCAGCCUACACCCUGCCUGCGGAAAAGUACCCUCCAAUUCGGUGGAGCUUUGAGUACUUAUGUUGCGUCGCUAAUCAUCAUCAUGUCUUUAUCCCGGACCCAGAGUUCUACGCUCGCAAAGCCAUGCGUCUCAUCAACUCUCGAGUCUCGUCGGACUCUUAUCAACUUGGUACCAUAUCACCAGACGAGCAUGACGAACUACGAACCUUUUCACACAUCUACAACACCGUCAUGACGCAGUACUUGUCAAAAAGUUUGCCCAUCCCCACGGUGAAUACAGGGGAAGGAGUGCACUCCCUAUGUGCAGACAGGAUUCUGAGCCAAAUAGAGGGAGAAAUGCCUUCCUCAGGAUCACUGAGGAUGCAAAUAAGAUGGGAGACUCGUUUUUUAUGGAAGAUGUAUGUUUUUGUUCAGGGCUACUGA